AUGGAGGCAAAACCAGCUGAAGAGGAACAUCCAAAGCUAGUCAUACCAAAGUCUGGAUCAUUUUCUCCAAAGGUCACCAGACCAAAACUGCCAGUAUUUGCCACCAACAAAAGGUCCACUAGUCCUCGACACAAGACAGAUCCAGGUCAUGGCCAAAUACAAGCUAUUAUGCAAGAUAUUCUUAAUUUGAAUAAGGUAGAUUUUGUAAAAACAUACAGUCGUCCAGUGACUCUCAGAUCACAAAUUGCUCAGAAAUCACAAUCAACCGACACUACACCAUCAUCAACACCAAGAACUGGUUCACCUGUUACUGUGGGUGAAGAACAGCCCAGAAUUAACAGAAAUAGAAGUAGAAGUCUGAAGCUGUUAACAAAUAAGUUACGUAAAUAUGGACCUGAUGACAAGGCACUGAUGGAAAACCCUGCUGCUGUGUCAGAGGAGGUCAAAGCUCACAUGAUGGAGGUGGAAAAGAAUUCAUUACCUGGAGAUGAUGUGGAUGAAAUGACAAGGUCUACAGAUUCAGAAUCAAAAUCAUGCGAUUCUCCAGCACCAGAAAGAGAACCUGUAGGUGCUGCUAGGAAAAUUUCACAAGGAACUGCAGGAAGUGUUGAUGAUGACUCCUAUGAUAUUAUUGAAGAGUCUGAUGAACACACUCAAAGUGGUAAUGAUACAGAUAAUCAACCAACUAAUCAGACAGGACAUGAAACUCCCAAGAUUAUAGCAGAAGAUGAAGGUAUUGUAAGUGAUGAACAUCCAAGUCCAGUUGUUAGUUCAUUUACUUAUCAUCCAAUUGGUCGAAAUUCACCAUUUCUAAAAUUAGCAGCUUCUGCACCUUGUUCGAAACGCAGAACAGGCAUAACCACAUUAAAGACUUUAAAUCGUGUGCAAACUUUAUAUGGUAGUGGUAAAUAUGAUGAGGGAAAAGGUCAUGAAGGAUUGCGCCAGCCUAGACGUGAUAGUCCCAAUGCUCAAAAAGUCUCUCCUGUACGAUUUAUAACACAUCAACCAGUAAGAAAAACCUCAUCUCAGGAAGAAGGUUCUAUGGAUAGUAAUGGGUUUGCAGCUCUGAAAUCCUCUUCAGGGGAUAGUGAUGAUGAGGGCAAACACAGUCAGACCUCUCUUGCUGAUAGCCAUCUUUCCCCUUGUGAUGGUGAUGAAGUUGAAUCAAUCCCUUUUGAAGGUUCCACAGCAGAGGGAGGUGAUCCUGAUAAACAAGAUCGGAAAAAUGGGAAAUCUGUGAAGCCUAAAUCCAAAAGUGAUCCAGGACGCAAUAAGAUUGUUCACAUGGGUGAUUUUCCAAUUGUGACUGAAUCCAGUGUAUCUCAAAGUGCUCCACUGUUAUCUAAGGAGGAUCGUAUGGAUAGUUUAGAUGAGGACUACCAUGGAUCUGAAGAGGAGCUGAAAUCAGAAUAUUUGAUAAUCGGAGAAGAAAGUGCAAAUGAACGGACAUCAGACGAAGAUGAAAAAUCUGGAACACGUAGAAAAAGACGUUCACGUGAUACGUUAAGUCCUCCAAACCAAGGGAGGUCAUCCGUUUUUUCUUCUGCACCUCCUUCCCCAAAGUGCCAAUCUCCUACUAAUGUUCCAGAACCUUCUGACAAUUUACUCAGUGUUCCUACUCCACGGAAACCUAUAUUACGUAGUGCUAGUUCAGCCAGUGUGUUACAACGUGAACGUCUGAAAUUUGGAUCUAGCAGUAAGGAUAAAUCGGAUGUAUUUAGAAAACAUAGUAUUACUACUGAGGAUGGAAAUAAAGGGAACAUGUUAGUGCCUGAUUUUACACCACUUGGUGAUUCUGGAGGUGCUACUAGUAUGCCUUCAGUGUGGAGGGACAGAAUAUUAUCAUCUGUUUCUCCUGAAAGAGAUCCAGGAUUUGUUAAGGCAUUUUUUCCUGCAACUCAUUGUGACGAUCAUGCCUACCUACGUCUACUUAAGUGUAUCUAA